AUGCAGGGCCCUCUAAGUGUGCAGGCUGACCAUGUGGAAACUACACUACUGAGUUCCAGUGGCGGCGCAAACAGUCCAGCCACAGCCUGCAUGGGGCCGGCGCUGUGCUGUUUCCUGGGACCUGUGCAGAACCAAGGGAAACUGCAGCCACUGAAAGUGAGCUCAAGUCUGGGAGACGCAGCACAGACGGACACACACAGAGACGAUCCUCUCCUGCAGCACACCGCUGGCUGUGGCGCUUCUUCUUCUUCUUCUUCUUCCACCAUCUGUAGGUCACCUCUCUGGGAAGUCAGCGAAACGCUCCUCAGGGACCAGAGGUAUGGAGAUCAACAUGUGACCAGCUGGGUUAGCGCUCCACCGUCGGCAGCAUGCUUCGUCUCCGCUGCACCUUGGUUAUGUGCUUCUGGUGCUGUUUGCUGGUCACGCUUCGCAGGCAGGCAUUUGCUGACGAGGAGGGCCUCUGGGGGCCCAACGCCAUCUAGAGAGCAGGCCAGGGAACACCCAUUUGAAAACAAGCCUAGUUCUUCCUGGUGGACCCCGUCUCUGCCAAAGCUCCCGUCCUUUCCGUCUCCGCCAUUCCGCAUCCCCUUCACAUCCUGGGGUGGGAACCCAGAAACCCCGGCCCAGUCUGACGAGUUGACCACAACUGCGACACAGACAACAAAAACCAAUCGAUCAGUCGCUGGACCAUUUAGGCUCAGGGGAAGGGAGCGUUUCUGCCACGCCACCCACUACCUCGACUCAGGAGUUCCUCAACGGCGUGACAGAGAUAGGGGCAGAAUCGCUUCCUGCGGGGAUAUCGAGUUCUCCGCACAGUAGCGUCGACGAGAAUAACAAUGACACCA